GUGGCUCGUUGAUCGGAGAGCGAGUGCAGUGUGCGUCGUGACGUGACAAUGGCGGUAGUCGUGAUCGCGGUGCGGUGCGUUAUUGUGAUCAGCUGAUCGAACGCGCUUCCGAGAAGAUAGAGUAGUGUGUGCGUGUGUGUGCGUGCGUGCGUGACUGCGUGUGUGAAAGAGAGAGAGAGAGAGAGAAAGAAAGAAAAAGAGAAGUGCGUGGUCAAGAGGCAGAAAGGAAGAAGGUCAAGAGAAAAGGACGAAGAAAGUGAAAAGAAAAACGAGAGACGUGCGGAGCUCUCCAUCGUGAAGGAAGGUGUAAAAAGAAAGAAGGAAAAUAUUCUUUCGAUAGAAGACGAUGUCCUCGUCGUCGAUAUUGUCCUCGUCGUCGUCCUCGUCGUCGUCGUCGUCGUCGUCGUCGUCGUCGUCGUCCUCGUCGUCGUCGUCGCCGUCGUCGUCGUCGUGGUCGUCGUCGUGGUCGUCGUCGUUGUUGUCAUCGUCGCCACCGCCGUCAUCGUCAUCAUCGUCAUCAUCGUCAUUGUCGUCGUUGUCAUCAUUGUCGUCGUUUUCGUGAGAGAUCGGCAGUGCCUACCUAGGCGCCGCCGUUCCUAAUCCCUCCUAUUGUGUGUUGCUAAUAUAUUAGUAGUGGGCCCCCUGUAUAUCCGGUGUGUGUCGUGCACGAAUGCGUGGAGUUAACACGAGAGGUAGAUAAAUGUCUCUCAACCAUGCCCGCCGUGCGGAAGUACAGAAGGGAUACCAGUGAAGUGAGCUGUUGCCUCAAGUACGUCAUCUUUGGAUUUAACGUCAUGUUUUGGUGGCUCGGUUUGGGCAUCAUGGCGGUGGGUGUAUGGGCAUGGACGGAAAAGGACACAUUUAACAAUUUGUCCCGCCUCACGAACGUUGCACUCGAUCCAGCAUUUAUACUCAUUCUAGUCGGUACAGUGACAUUUAUCAUCGGAUUUACGGGGUGUGUCGGCGCACUCAGGGAAAAUACGUGCCUCCUAGCCGCAUACGCGAUAUUCCUGGCGUUAUUGCUGCUAAUGGAGAUGACUGCCGGUGUUUUAGGCUUCAUCUUUAAAGACUGGAUAAAAUCACAAGCAACCGGGGGCUUCCAAGCUUUCAUCAUACACUAUCGCGAGGAUCCCGAUCAACAGAAUUUGAUCGAUUGGAUUCAAGAGGAUUGGUUACAAUGUUGCGGUAUCGAGGGCCCAAAAGAUUGGGAUCGUAAUAAUUAUUUCAACUGUUCGUCGAGUGACAUCGGUUCGAGGGAAGCCUGCGGUGUGCCUUUCAGUUGCUGCAAAAGGAAACCAAACGAAAUUAUCAAGAACAAGCAGUGCGGCUAUGACGUUAGGAAACCUAGCUACACGGGAGAGAGGAGUAUAUUCGAAAGAGGUUGCCUAAGGGCAGGAGAAGAGUGGCUAGAGCUGAAUCUCGUGCCUGUCGCCGGUACGGUUGUCAGCACUAUGGUCCUUCAGAACUUUGAAGUCGCUAAAGUGAUUUACGAGAAGGGAUGCGUUCAAGCAGGAGAGGAGUGGAUGGAACGAAAUCUUCUCCCAAUCGCAAGCGGCGCGGUCGUUACGGCUUUUGCACAGAUUUUGGGAAUUUGCUUCGCUCAAAAUCUACGAGCGGAUAUAUUUGCGCAAAAGGCAAAGUGGCAUUGACAAUCCAGAGCCCCCACGGCAGUCUAGCAUCUUGUAUUGAAAAGAUGCUGAUCGCCCACGUCGAUCGAAUUUCGAAUAUCCAACGUAUCAAUACUCGAUGAUAUCAUGGAAGAAGAAGAAUAAAAAGGAAGACGAAAAACAAGAAGAAGAAAAGAAGAAGAAGAAGAAGAAAAAGAAACAAGAAAAAAAAUGAUGAUGAUGAUGACGAAGAUGAAGAUGAAGAUAAAGAUGAAGAUAAAGAUGAAGGAUCCUCGAAGAUGGAACGCAGUUAAGAAGAAAUAGAAACAUCGCUUGUCGAAAAGGAGGAAAGUCUAUCGAAUAAUUCUUAUUUCAUUUGCCGAAGGAUUUAGAAAGGAUUUGACAUGGUCGAAAGGAUCGUGCUUCUUUCAUUUUUCGCUACCGUCCAAGCCUGUGAUCCUUUCACUGAUGCGAGAGAGAUCGAUCGUUCAUUCUCCUUUCGCCGUGGGUGGUGGUGGUGGUGGUCGGUGGUGGUCGGUGAUGUUGGUGGUGGUGUUGGUGGUGGUGUUGAUUGUGGAGCAUUGGAGGUAGGGGAAGGGAGAUAUAGAAGAGUGGGGGGGGGGAAUCUAUAUUUUAUUAAAGAAAUAUUCAAAAGUAAAUACUUCGAUCGCGACAAUUCAUUUCUUUUUCUUUUCUUUCCUUUCCUUUUUUUCUUCUUCUUCGAUUUCCCAUCGAAUUUAUUUUCUACGUUGAUUUCUGCAAAUCGAUACUAUCUCUGAUAUAUUAUAAAUAAAAAUAUGAGAGAUGAAAUAAUCGAUCACGCAAAUCAGGAAUAAACCCUUUUCAUUUCUCUGUUAAAAAUCUGUGUAUGUAAGUAUGUACAUAUACUAUGCAUAGUAUUUUUGCUAUCGUUCGUGACAUUCCCAGAUUUUCCUCAUUGAAGAAAAACGAACAGAUUUAUUCGAAAUUGCGAAUAAUAUUAAUAAUAAUAAUAAUAAUAAUAAUAAUAGUAAUAAUAAUAAUAAUAAUAUCAACCAUAAUAACCAUAAUAAUAACCAAUAAUAGUAAGAAUAAUAUAAUAAUAAUAAUAAUAUAAUAAUAAUACUAUAAUAAUAAUAAUAAUAUAAUUACUACUACUACUACUACUACUACUACUACUAAUAAUAAUAAUAAUAAUAAUAAUAAUAAUAUAAUUACUAAUAAUAGUGAUAAAUAAUAAUAAUUACUAAUAAUAAUGAUAAAUAACAAUAAUAAUAAUAAUAAUAAUAAUAAUAAUAAUAAUCGUUAUCAUAAUCAUUAUCAUUAUCAUUAUCAUCAUCGUCAUCAUCGUUAUUAUCAUCACAGAGAUAUUCGUUUAAAGUGAAAAGGGUUACUUCUGACAAAGAGAACAAAACAUACAGCGAUGUCUCUCGUGAUCAGAGGAAAGAAGCACGAUAUGACCAGAAUAUUCUUAUUCGAAGACGAAUGAAUCAAAUCCUUUUUAAAAAAAGUCCUUUUUUUUAUCGAAGUAUCAAAUACGAACCAACAAACUAACAUAUUUUUACUUCGAUUAUAGUUCAUACUCGUAAAACGUAUCCGAGCUCGUAAAAAUGUCACCAAAAUUUCGUGAACGAUUACUUUUGUUCUCUCUUUCUCUAUCUCUCUCUCUCUCUCUCUCUCUUUCCUCGCCCUCUUUUUCGUCUCCUUCUUCCUCUUGUUCUUCUUUUUCCUUUGAUUUUUCUUUUUACAACUUGGAAAGCUCAGCAGAGAUUGUUGCGGCCGUAUGAACGAACGUGGCUAGGAUUCUUCAAAGACAAAGACAAAGACAUUUCGACUUUGCUAACUUUGUCCGAGCAACAACUUUUAAUGGAUUUACGCUGAGACAAUUUCCUUUUGAGCUUAGCGACUAAACAGAGAGAGGGAGAGAGAGAGAGAGAGAGAGAGAGAGAGAGAGAGAGAGAAAGAGAGAAAGAGAGAGAGAGAGAGAGAAGCAAUAGAGAUCACUGAAAUAUUUCAUUCCAUUCGAUAAAACAUGCAAAACACGUGUCUUCCGAAAAGACACAGAAUUUUAAUCUGGAAGAAUGUCAAAUAAAAAAAUAUCAUUCAUAACGUAAUAAAGGAUAAGAAAAUAUUUAGAUCCUCUUUGACAUUUUUAAAUCGAAAAGAAAUCGAAAUCCUCGUGAUCUAAAAACACGUUCGAUGAAACGAAUCGAAUAAAAUUUCGACGAGAUUUUUGCUCGUUGAUGAUACGUUUUACCGGAUGAAGUGAAAGCGGCAAAUGAAAUAAAAAGAAAACGGACGAAGAAGAAAACAAAAAACAGAAAAUACAAAAAAAAAGGGAAAGUAGAGAAGAAGAUAACUGAGCGAGGAUCAACAACAAAAUGCAUCGAGGACAUUUAAAGUCGAUCGACGUGACGUCGUGGGGGCGCGGUGAACGUGUCCAACUUCACCGCACGGUAAAAGCUUUUUCUCUUUCUCUACUGACAAAUAAUACAGGACGUAAGAGAGAUAGAGAGAGAGACAAAGAGACAAAGAGAGACAUAAAGAGAAAAAGAGAUAUAACGAGAGAGAAUGCGAGAGAAAGAGAGAGAGAGAGAGAAUAUAGAAGCAAGAAAGAGAUAGAAAGGAAAAAAGAAAAAAAGAAAGAAAGAGAAGAAAUGCCAUAUAACACACAAGUACACAAUAACUUUCCCUUCCUCCAAUUGGUCGUUAAAACGGUUGCUCGAGCUACUUCGAGCAUAUUGAUCCUUUGUUACACGAACACCGGCACGUUCCCUCCAUCGAGAACUUUGACUCUCUUCUACUACUUUCACGUAUUAGCCGAGCGAGUUUACCGAGCGAAAGAAUCGUUCGUGUUACGGUCUCUCUGUCAGAGGGUGAGAGAGGGACAGGAAAAGGAGGUGGAGGAGGUGGUGCCGGAGGUGGGUGUUACUCUGAAGGGAUCCGCAGCUUGAAAACGAUAUGCAUUUCGUCGAGCGAUCGUGAUCGGAUUACGUGAAUAGGGGUUAAAGCUCUUUUAUGUUUUUUUUUUCUUUCUUUUUUUUCUCUUUUUUUUUUUUUUCACCGUCCGUCGAAUGAGCCACGUCUAUUUUACACACCUAUGAUAUACGACAUGUUAUGCGACAAAUCGCUACACUAUUAUCGCUUUCGCAUAAGAUUAUCGAAAGCUUUUAUUUCCAAUCGACACGAGAAAUUCGAGAAAAGAAGAAAAGAGAAAAAACGUUCGAAUUGAAAAAUCAGUUUUCAAUCUUCUGUGGUUCGUCGUUCUUUUCUUUUCUUUUCUUUUUUUUCUUUUUUUUUGUUGGGAUAACGGUUUGAUAUAGAUCAAAAGAUAGAAGGUGUUAAUUGUAGUCUCUUUUUCUCUAUCUUCUUUUUUUCUGUCUUUUUUUUUUUCUUUUUCUUUUUAGUUUUAAUCAUAUCGUUACUACUGUUUAAUUAAGUCGAAGUUCGAAUGUGGAUUUAGAUAUGUCAUUAUCUAGGCUGUUAUAUCCAUAUUGUUCCAUUUUUUUUUUUUAAGUCUCUCUAGUUUUUUCUUUCUUUCUUUCUUUUUUUUCUUCUUCUUCUCAUUUAAUGGAAUUAAGAUAUCAAUUUUAUUUUUUUUUCUAGUAUUUAGAUUAAGUUGAAAAUAUCGGAUAUGCGUCUUUAUUUUAUAUUUUACUUUGUUUGCCGUUCGUUUCAAUAGUAUCGCUGUAAACGAUAAAUUGUAAACACGAUCGGAUUUAAUACGUAAAUUAUCAAUUGAUUUGGAAAAAAAUUUAUUUAGUUUUUAUUAUAUUCACGAUGGACAGCGUCGAUGUCACGCGUGAUCUUACCUUCGCUCGAACUUGCGACUCUGAUCUAGAUAAUUUGUUUGUUUUGUUUGUUCUCUGAAUAAAUACUCAUGAGAAAGUAUCGACGAACAAAAAGAGAAAGAAAUAAAAAUUAAAAUUAUUUGAUUACGGCUGGUCCGUGAGAAAGAAUCGUUCUUUCUUUUUUCUUUUUUUUUUUCCUUUUUUCUUUUUUUUCUUACAAUUCAAUCAGAUAUUUUCGAUAAACCUCACAGAUUUAUUAAUGUAAAAUUUUAAAGAACUCCUCGAAUUAUUUCUAGAAGUUGGAGCGUAAGUAUGAUAAACGGUGCAUCCAUGUUACAAAUGUUAAUUCGUGUAAGACAAAAAACAGAUAAAAAAAAAAGUUGAUGUGUUUUUAUGAAACGUCUAAAGCUAAUCGCAUUCUUACAGAUUAGAUCAGAUCGCUCGAACGUUAUAGAUGUAAUUGUAAGUCGAAUAAUUAUAAUCGAUGAAUAGACUAUUUGACGCAAAGGUAUCAUUGUUCGAAUUAAGAUAUACAUUUGUUUUGCUAUACGAAUUAUUGUUUAUCGCGCGAUAGGAUUUACAUAUAUAAUUUUGUCAACUAAUCAUCAAAGUGAUAUCGUUUAAUUAUUAAUUAUGAUUUAUAACGCUUAAGUUAAUUAGCGAGUGUACAAUUUCACGAAAUAUUAUUAAACGUGAUUACAUUGGAAGCGGGUUUAACAAGAUAACAUCGAAAACGUUUUUAUUUUUAUUAAACAUUAAAAAUAUUAUACCGAAUCUUAUUCAGUUUCUUUUUCUUUCUUCUUCUUUAAAUUAUUCCUUUUUAUUUUAAUUUAUUAAAAAUUUUUUUAUUUUCUUUAUUUUCUUUUUUUUUCGUUUUAAUUCUUUUACUUUAUUUUAAUUUGAAAACUUGUUAAACCUGACUACCGAGAAUAAAUACAUCGUUUUAUUAACUUGAGUUAUCCCCCUCCCCACCUGAUUCGAUAUUCUCUAUGAAAAGAGCAUUUUUUUUUUCUAUUAGAAGAAUAUACGGAUCAUGUGACAAGGAGACGAUGGUAAUAUACAUGAAUUUACUUUACAGAGAAUGCUAUAUUUUACGCUAGAUUAUAUUAUAUAUAUAUAUAUAUAUAUAUAUAAAUACGAAGGAUUAUAAUUCGCUAUAAUUUAUAAAUAAAAGAGAGAUAAGAAAAAGACACAUAUAAUUUAUGAAAAAGAGGACAAGAAAAAAAUGAAAAAGAAAUAACAUAUAAUAAUGAUCAUCGCGCUGUGUCUUAUUUUUAUUAUCGUUAAAACAUACACACGAUCUGAAUGACUUGUUAAUGACAUUAUAAGUAUAAAUAAGUAAGUAUUCGAACGAGAUAUUGCUCAAGCAAAUAAUGUUUACUACGUUUUACGCGUUUUAUAUUUAUGCGUUGGAAAAUAAUGUCGGAUGAAACUUUUCAAGAUAAUAAACAUUUUUAAUCGAAGAUCAUAUACUACUUACUUAGCUUUUUUUAAUAUUUAACUUUUAUUCGUGUCUUCCAGUAAAAUUAAUUGUAAUUAAUUAAUUAAUUAAUUAGUUAAUUAAUUAUAUGGAAUACAAUUAAUCGAAAAUAUCGAUGAAGUCACGUAAGACGUGGGAAAACAUUGUUCACAUCUCUAAUUUCGAUCCUAAACUGCCUCUACUAUAUAAUAAAUGUUAUUUUUAAAAAUACUUAAGGUUGGAUAUUAUUAUAAAAAAAAAAAAAAAUAAAGAAACAAAGAUAAGGAAAAUAUCAUAGGUUCGUGCAGGCACACCAUGAUAAACUGCGAUGAACUUCUUGUGUAUCGAAGUAUCACAUUUUUUUAUUGGACUUAUUUGAUUUCAUUUUGCAAUAAAUACAACAAUUACACGUCAUUGUUUUUGAUUUAUUUUCUUUUGCUUUCCUUUUUCUUUAUUUUAUUUUAUUUUUUUCUUUUUUUUUUUUUGACUCUCACCACACUUUUACUAAUCCACUAGUAAAAUAAUUUCUUUCUAUCGACCUCAAUUUAAUUUUAUCCUUUCUCCCAUUAAAUUUCAUUUAUAAAACUAAUCCCGACUAAAUUAAUUUACAUGCAAAUCUUCUUUCAUUUUACUAAUUAUUAUUACCUACUUAUUAUUUGCUAUAUUAAGAAGAGAGAAAAAAAAACAUAUUUUAUAAAAUGUCACAAACUGUAUAAACGAAUACACCAAUAUGUAAAAUCUUUUUCAUUUUCGAUCGAUCGCAACUAAUCGAAUUCUUAGCGCGCGAAAUCUCUCUGUAUAUAUUGUAAAUUUACUUGUAAAGAUGGAGACAAGGGAAAAAAGAGAAGAAGAAGAAGAAGAAGACAAAAAAGAAGAAAAAAGAAGAAGAAGAAGAAGAAGAAGAAGAGGAAGUAAUUUUAAACAAUCGCUUGACCAAAUAAAGAUAAGAUAACACGAGACGGGAAAUGUAUAAUAAGAAAUUUUCAAACCUUGGCCGAUUCAUUAUUGCGAACCUUAAAUGGAUUGUAAAAUGUAUCGUCUAAAAUAAAUUAAUAUGAUCGUUUUAAAUACAA